CCUGCUCUGGACACCCGCGUCCCCAUUGGCGAGCCGGGGCUGGGCGCUGGCGCUCGGGCAGGUGCCGAGGCGCAGAGGUAAGCGAGGCCCGCGCCGGGUGCCUCGGGGCCGCGGCCCGCCCGGCUUUGUUCUCGGGCCCACCCGGGCCUGGACCCCCGGCGCGGGCUGAGCCGGGGCCCUCGGGGGCGCUCGCGGGGCAGCGACCUCCCGGGCUUGGCGCCGAGCGGCCGCAGGGCGGCGGGAGGCCCGGCCGCUCCGGGAUGGCGCGCGGGGCCGAGCCCCCCGACGGGGGCUGGGGCUGGAUGGUGGUGCUCGCGGCGUUCCUCCAGUCGGCGCUGGUGUUCGGGGUGCUCCGCUCCUUCGGCGUCUUCUUCGUGGAGUUCGUGGCGGCGUUCGGGGAGCAGGCGGCCGGCGUGUCCUGGAUCGCCUCCAUCGGCAUCGCGGUGCAGCAGUUCGGGAGCCCCGUAGGCAGUGCCCUGAGCACGAAGUGGGGGCCCAGGCCUGUGGUGAUGACUGGGGGCGUCUUGGCCGCGCUCGGGCUGCUGCUCGCCUCGUUUGCCACCUCCUUGACCCACCUCUACCUGAGCAUCGGGCUGCUGUCAGGCUCUGGCUGGGCCCUGACCUUCACUCCGACCCUCGCCUGCCUCUCCCGCUACUUCUCUCAGCGUCGAUCUCUGGCCAUGGGGCUGGCACUGACGGGCGUAGGCCUGUCUUCUUUUGCAUUCGCGCCCCUCUUCCAGUGGCUGAUCAACAGCUAUGCCUGGAGGGGCGCCCUCCUGCUGGUGUCCGCCCUGUCCCUGCACCUGCUGGCCUGCGGGGCUCUCCUCCGCCCGCUCUCCCUGAAGGAAGACACUGCUGUGGGCGGCCCCGGGGCCCAGCUCGCCUCCCUCCUCCGCCACGGCCCCUUCCUCCGCUACACUGCUGCCCUCACACUCAUCAACACCGGCUACUUCGUCCCCUACGUCCACCUGGUGGCCCACCUGCAGGACCUGGGCUGGGCCCCGCUGCCCGCUGCCUUCCUGCUCUCGGUAGCCGCUGUUUCUGACCUCGUGGGCCGCGUGGCAUCUGGUUGGCUGGGGGACGCUGUCCCAGGGCCCGUGGCUCGACUCCUGAUGGUCUGGACCACCCUGACUGGGGUGUCACUGGCCCUGUUCCCCGUGGCUCAGGCUCCCACCAGCCUGGUGGUUCUGGCUGUGGCCUACGGCUUCACAUCAGGGGCCCUGACCCCAGUUGCCUUUUCUGUGCUUCCUGAACUGGUGGGGACUGGACGGAUUUACUGUGGCCUGGGGCUGGUGCAGAUGAUAGAGAGCAUCGGGGGGCUACUGGGAGCCCCUCUAUCAGGCUACCUCCGGGAUGUGACCGGCAGCUACACAGCUUCCUUCGUGGUGGCUGGGGCCUUCCUUCUCGCAGGGAGCAGCAUUCUGGUCACCCUGCCCCGUUUCUUCUCCUGCAUCUCCUCGUCUACCUCCAGACCCCAGGACCUCGUAAGAGAGGCCCUGGGUACCAGAGUUCCCCUGCCCAAGGAGGAGGGCCUGGGAGAGGACUGAGUGGCCCUGAGUGGCCACGGCCGGCAAGCCGGAGCCUGACAGCGCCAGGUCUCCGGCCUCCUCAGGUGUCCACAGCAGCACUGUGCCUUAGGAGCCUCCUCUGCCUCCUCCGGGGCAGGCCCAGGCUCCUUCGAUGUGUGUGCCAACCCUCAGUACUUUGUUGAGGAUUCUCACGUCACCUCCUGUUCCGGAGGCUCCAGAUCUCACUCCAGUGAGUUCUCAAUCAAAUGUGAAACUCUAAGGCCAAGAAUCUUCUCAUGUUUCUAUAUGUGAUUUCUGGUGUCGCUUGGAUACAAAACAAAUAAUGAAACUGGACUAGAAUUGUAACCUCAAGAAGAGCUGGGGUCCAGGUGCUUGGGACAGCUAAUAGGACCACGGCCGAGGAAGGAGCUGUCCAAGAGCUCUGUUAACGUCUGUGUGCUCGCCUCCCUCUUCACCACUGCUGUGAUACAGAGGAAAAGGGAGGAAAGGCGUGUGUGGACGGUGUCUCCGGCGCAGAAACGACCUGGUAGCUGACACCUAAGAGCCUUAACUUUUUAGCCUCGCCAGGGAGCCUCUGAACUUGAGACCUGGCCUCCUCCCAAGCGCUGGGCACGAAGGUGGGCACUUGUGCCCGGAUGGUAACGAGGGCAGGUCAAAAAGCAGGAAGCAUGAGGCGGGGCUGCCAAGAAAGCUCGGCAGUUAGGAGCACUCCCGCUCUGUCAGAGCGCCCACACGAGGGGGCGGGCUCGCGGCCACCUACGGUGCAGAUCCGGGGUCCACACUCAGGUCUCUCACACACUAAACAGAAAUCCCGAGAGCGCCCAGCACUUAUGCUGCAUGCUGCUCUUCCCCGUGACCGGCCCGGCUCCUGACAUCCACACCAGGCAGCUCAGAACGCCCGAAAGGCCCGCUCCAGGAGAUCUGGCCUUCACAAACACACAAAUAAAGCUAAUUUA